AUGCCCAUCCAGUCAACGAUUCCGAUUCUAGGGGCACCAAACUAUCUAGACUGGUUCUCCGUGCUCGAUAAUGGCUCAGACCAGGAGAAGAAUCACACAUUUCAGCGCGACAUACUGCCAUGCCUCUCCGACUACGCCGAAGGCACUUCGUUUGGCACAUUCCUACAGGAGCAUCAAUGGCUAAGAGAAUUCACUGCUCCAGAGUCAAGCUUCGCGGAGACAUUGCGAGAACUCGAGCAUUGCAUUGGAGGAGGCGUACCAACCACUACCGAUAAUGGAAUGAUUCGUCUGGGCGACGUCGUGGUCAGCAAGCCGGCAGGUGAACACUCAGGUGUGGUUCAAUACGAUCAUGGGAAAGCAGAACAGGGCUACUUCCAGCGGACAGGUGCGUUGGCGCCUCCCCCAAGAUUGUUGCUCAGCGCGGCUCAAUUCCUUGCAACUCAGCGGGCAAGAUCCAAAAUGGACCCGAUCGUUGAGAACAUCAGGCGGAUUGAUACGACGACUCGAGGCCUCCGGAAGUACGAAUACCCAGGUCUUGCCCAAGAUCGUCUGUAUCAGCCAGAGUACCUUCACAGAGAAGCCAGACGCUCUUGCCAGGAGUGUGGGUGCGAUCCAGCCAAGCUUAUACAGCGCGUCAACGCCGUAGAGGACGACGAUGGCCCGUUCGUGGUAGUUCAUCGUAGUACGAUCGCUUCCGGUGAGCUGGCAAUAAAAAACGGUAAGUUGAGGGAUGAUUUGGCCAAGCGGUACGAUAUUCUAUGUUUUGAGACUGAAGCUGCAGGGGUAUUGACAAACUUCCCUUGCAUGGUCAUCCGUGGUAUCUCGGACUAUUCUGACUCGCAUAAGAAUGGCCAGUGGCAUGGCUAUGCGGCCGCCGCGGCGGCAGCUUAUGCACGGGCCCUUUUCUUUCACAUGUCUGAUGUAGUUGAUUAG